ACUAGUUUGCGAACCGGUGCGUUAGAAACAAGACACAUUGUCGAAUACAUAUGCAUAUUAAUUGUAAACAAAAGAUUAUAUGAAUUAUGUCAAAGAAAUGAGGCGAAACUGAUAAUGAUCGGUUUAUAAUCGAACUCAGUGAAAUUGAAGUUAAGACAAUCCAACUGCAAAACAACCAAACUAAAAUUUGGUAUUGCGAAUUUCAACCAGUUUUAGUUGAAGCUUCAUUCGCGUUGCCAACUUAAAAAAAGUGAAGAUUUGACCGAUAUAUUUUAAACGAAAAUAUUAAAGUGUGAAUAAAUAUUAAAAUGGAGAUAAUAUACAAAAAGGCUUCGUAAUUAUUCGAUUCGAUUAUCGAAAUUUACGAAAGAGGUUUUAAAUAUUAUGGAAAGGCGUAUUAGAGCGAAUUGACUGAAGACGAGCAAAUCACUUCAUUAUUAACAUUUUAAUUUACUUUUUUUAUAAAAAGUGCAUUUACGGGAAUAGGACCUACCAUCGAUCGAUUCAUCGUGUUCACGUUACUAUCAUUAACCAUCAGUUUGAAUUUUGCUGUUUCCUAAUUGCAUCUUAUCUCGUCCAGCUUCGAGAUAUUUCUCCAUCAUUUCAUAGGUCCUAUUCAAUCAUCAUUAAGUACUAGUAAGUACGUUUAAAUUCCUGGUUUGUGUGUAAACGAGACGCAUUUGCAAACAGAAAAAGAAAGAGGCUGAAAUGCGUGAGAAUGAAGAGCUUGAAGAGCUGGUCGACAGAGGUAAUGCUCGAAAAUUUUAUGGAAAAAUGAAGCGACUUAACGAAGGUUUCAAGACCGGCAUCCGCAUUUAGAGACCAAGGUGGUAAACUGGUAACCGAUGUCCAGGGCAUACUAGGAUUAGCGAAGGAACACUUCUCCGACCUGCUGAAUGUACAACACCAGGAGAUGGCGAACCCGAUUCCCCAAUCUAGGACGAUGGAACAGAUGUUCCAUUAACCGACCAUGGGAAAUUCCAUUAGCAAUUACCCGAAGAACAGCAAAGCGGCGGGGACCGAUAGAUUACCGGCCGAGCUUUUCAAAUACGGCGCGAAGAACUGAUAAGGUGCAUGCAUCAGCUUCUUUGCAGAAUAUGGUCGGGAGAAAGCAUGAGUACGAUUGGAAUCUCAGUGUUCUCUGCACAAUCCAUAAAAAGGUAGACCCCACAAUAUGCGCCAAUUAUCGUGAGAUAAGUCUCCUAAAUAUCGCAUAUAAGGUUCUAUAGAGCGUACUGUGUGAAAGACUAAAGCCCACCUUCAACAAACUGAUUGGAUCUUAUAAGUGUGGCUUUAGACCUGGGAAAUCCACAACUGACCAGAUAUUCACCAUGCGCCAAAUCUUGAAGAAGACCCGUGAAAGAGGAUCGACACACAAGAGGAUUGAUAUCCACGUAAAACUAAUACGGCUCCGUAAGCUGACGUUGAGCAACACCAAAAGCUCCGUCAUGAUUGGGAAGGACCUCUCCGAGCCGUUCGAUACCAAACGAGGCUUCAGCCAAGGUGACUCUUUAUCGUGUGACUUCUUUAACUUGAUGCUGGAAAUAAUAAUACGAGCUGCAGAGCUAAAUAGUGAAGGUUCAAUCUUCUAUAAGUGUGUACAGCUGCUGUCGUACGCCGAUGAUAUUGAUAUCAUCGGAAUCAACAACGCGACGUUUGUUCUGUUUUUUCCCGCCUGGAUAAGGAAGCGAAGCGAAUGGGUCUGAAGGUGAAUGAGGACAACACGAUAUAUCUCCUGUCAUCAAACAAACAGUCAGCGUAUUCGCGUCUUGGCUCUCACGUCACUGUUGACAGUCAUAACUUUGAAGUUGUAGAUAAUUUUGGUCCUCAGAACAUUGGCAACGGCGAAUACCGCAGCUGUACGAGUUAUACGACGACAUUGACAUAGUUCAGCGAAUAAAAAAAACAGGGGCUAUGUUGGAGGGACCAGGUGGAGCGCUAUCAUCGAUUCGGCUAUAGCCGGCUAACGGUUCCAACGCCAAUCACAUACAUACAUCAUUUAUAUACUAAAUUAAUAUUAUUGAAAUCCGUUACAGUUGAAUUAAUUACGCAAUUCCGUUAGUUCUUCGUUUUAUUGUGCGAUAAAAAUAAUUAAACUAAUAUUCUUAUGUAUAAAGUAGAUGCCUUUAAUAAAUAUACUUAAAAAUAUUUGUCAAAAUAAACUCGAUUUAAUAGUAUAAUAAAUUUUAGUUUACAUAAAAUUCUCGUAUUAAUAUUUGCAUCCUUUUGUCGCUACGUCGUGUUAGUAAACAAACGUCUAACCUCAUGUCACUAAUUCACACACGAAUACUGAAUAUCCGAUAUGUACAGAGGGUGGUAGCGGUGGUUACAACAAAACUACAAUUUUGCUUAAACAUCUGAGCGCUGCAAAAUGUUUGUUUAGUUAAUCGUCAGUUUUGUUUUGCUCUCAUUCGUUCAUUUUUAUUUUUGUGAAGAAGUGCAAAAUAGAGGCAACAAGGAGCAAAACAAAUACGAUUGAAUACUCACACACAUAUGCAACGUAAACACAUUGAAGGUCGACGACUGCAUGCGCGCCUACAAAUAUGCUUCGAUAAAUCAACAACAACUCGGAGCGAACGAUGAGAUAGCGAAGUACAGUGCAGAGCAAACGUGCCACAUGCUAAACAUGGAUGUGGGGUAUGAGAUUUGUGCACAGAUUUUCUCCCACAGGAUUCGUGAUGCGCCCGAGUGUAGAUACAACUGGACGCGAGUGGUAAGGAUGUGAAAAUUCGCUGGAGCAAAUAAUAAAAUUAGCAGUAAAAACAGUGUGUGUUUGGUAGCGCGAGUAGCAGCAAUGAAAGUUUCGCAGGCGUCUUGUGCAAUUUUUGCCUUGGCGAAAAAUAUGUGCUAAAUAAACAAGAUAAAGAAAAACUGGAGACUAAUCCUUAAGAUUUUUCGGUUGGAAAAGUUAAUCAAGUUUGUGUUAUUGUCGACAUUAAUUUCAUAAAUUUGAUAACGCAUGAAGAUACAGAGCAUGGUAUAGCAAUAGUGCAAAUGCCUCGACAGGUGUACAAUUUUGCUGUCGUAAAAUUAUUGACGAAAGUACAAAUGUGUGCCUUGUGCUUUUGCGGUCAUUGAGUUAAAGUAAUUGGGUGUAACCACUGCGUCAUUGCAUUGUGAAUAUCGGCGAGGAUAAGUGUGCGUUUUUAUGUUGGUGCCACGAUGGAGACAUGCAGGACCUGUGCGAGAUGUGAUUUUGGGGACGAAACCAAAUGGUUCGAUUUAUUUCACACAACACGUUGUACGAGAGAAAUCGAAGAGAUGCGUGUGGAGUUCAAUAAUUGGCAGUUGCAGAUUUCACCUAACGACGGAUUGCCACAGAAAAUCUGUUCGGAUUGCUUUUCGAAAUUUUGUAAUGUGUUCACCUUUCGCAUGCAAUGCCAGCAAGCACAAGUGAAAUUAAAUAAUAUAUUCGACAAAAUUGAGACCCAAAGCAUGGACGAUGAACGAUUCGAGGAUAAUCUUGAAGAAUUAGGUGCACAGCUGCUUCGAAUUGUGGAAGAAAAUGAACGACAAAUGACGAAUUCAACUUUUAACGAACAAAACUGCCAAACAGUUGAUUGUACUGCCGCUAGUGGCGACAACACCGUUUCGCCUAAUGCCACUCCUUCAGCUGCUGCCAUAGUGAUGUUGGAUAUGCUCGAUGAGAAUAGUGUUAAUAACUACGACACCACCACCGCCACUACCACCACGACUACACCCAGUGUAGUGUGUGAGAGAGUCGCACAGUAUGCUGAUGAUAUUUUAGCAGCACAAACAGAGGUUUCAACCAAAACAAUCGAAGACUCUUUCUUGACAAAAACAAUGCCAAUAACAAACGAGAAUAAUACCAUUGCUGCCGCCAUAACUGAAGCUAACUUUUACACUGCCGGUGUUGAAUGUCAGAGUGAAGCGGAAAUGCAGAUGACAAAGGUGCCAACACUAACUGUUAAAACAAUGGCAGUCGAUAAAGAAGUGGAGGGGGUAAUAGUAGAAGAAGGAAAUAAAACCGAACAUGAAAUAGAAUUAGAAAUGGAACACGACGAGGAAGAUAUAAACGAGCAAAUCCAUUUACAUGUAAAUGAUAUAAUUGAAGAAGAUUUCACGCUCGAUGACCAACUGGUAGAGGAGAAGGAAGAGACAACAGUAAGUACAGACCGAGACCUUGCUAAAGAUGACUGCUACUUAAAUGAUAUGAGCGGAAAUGUAUCACAGCCUGAAGGUUAUGUCGAAGAAUGUGUGCCUUUUGCGGAAGCUGUAGAAGAUGAGAAUGGCAUUUAUGAAGAAGAUGAAGGAGUACUGGAAGCUUUCGAACCGGUUACACUCCCAACGAAUACCUACAAUACAAAUAACAAUAAUAUUUCAGGAUCACAAUUUGUCUUUCAGUCGUCUGCUACUAACAAUUGCUACAGUCAAACAGUCAACCAACCACAGGAUGUUAGCAUUGUUUUUGAAUGUAAAUACUGCCACAAAACCAAAGAUAUGCCGAGCACACAUUUCGACACCCAACAGGCACUACUCGAACACAUAACUAACGCACACAACGCUGAAUAUCCGUUUACUUGUCCGCAACGCGGUUGCACGGAGGGUUUUCGCGACGCCGCCUCACGCACGGUCCACAUGAAAAGCGAGCACGUGGCCAAACAUUAUGAGUGUGAUGUGUGCGGCAAAAAGUAUGCCGAUCGCUUUAAUUUACGCCAUCACUAUGAGAAGUUCCACUGUGAGACCGAUUUUGGGUGUGAUACAUGCGAUAAACGAUUCUAUUCGCGUAAAAGUCUUAAUUAUCAUAUGAAAUGGCACAACCCGGAAUUGCUGUUGCAGUGUAGCCAUUGCGAUCGUUUGUUUAUUAACCAGCGACACUUGAAGUGUCACGAAGAAACGCACAACGGGGUGAGGAAUAGUGAAUUUUGUACGUUUUGUGGUAAAACUUUCAUACACUUGAAAACUUUGCGUUGGCAUUUGUAUCGACAACAUGGCGGUGAAAAACCAUACAAAUGUGGCCACUGCACUGAGGUUUUCGCCUCGUAUUUGGAGAAGCGCAUACACAUGCUGGAGAAUCAUUUGGAGAACCUCACCGCCAUCGAACGCACCGAAUGCAUGCUCUGUCGGGAACGCUACGAGGAUGAGCGCGAGCUGAGCGAACACAUACGUAGCAAACAUGUCGAAAGGCCGAAGUCUUCCGUGCUGCUAAUAGCGAACAAUAAACGAGUGGUACGUAAUAAGCGACAGAAAAGCUAUAGCGGCAUAUUUCAGUGUGAGAUUUGCGCGCAGCGUUUCAAUAUGAAGUCGGCGUUGGAGCGACAUGCAGCAGUGCAUUCCAGUAUUGGGCGACCACACAAAUGCCCGGUGGAAUCAUGUGCGAAGCGUUUCAAGCGUGCGCAGGAUAUGAAUUGGCACAUGAAGACGCAUUCGAACGAGAAACCGAAUAUUUGCGAUGUAUGCGGCAAGGGAUUCGCCCUGAAAUAUGUGCUGAAUCAGCAUAAGCGAAGCCAUGAAGUUCUUGAGAAGAAUUUCAAAUGCGUGAUCUGUGGACGUGCCUACCUCUUUGAGAAAUCACUGCGUGUGCAUGAACGGGUACACACGGGUGAUACCUACUAUCGCUGCGAUUUGUGUGGCGAAAACUUUGUCACACACAUGAAAUUCAAAACUCAUAUGAUGAAAAAUCAUGAUCCGGAGACAACAAAUCUAGAGGAUUACAAUUUGGAUGCCUUUGAAGAACAGCUGUAUGAACAGUAGAUGUGAAGAUGUACUUAUGUAAUGAGAGAUUUGUGCAAUGUGAUUUUUGAACACAUUUCGUUUUUGGAAAAUGGUUACUUGGUAAACAUUUAGUAAGUCCAUCUAGUUAAUUGGAAAAGGUAGUUGUCGCAAUUUAGAAAAGAGUCAAAGUAUUCACCAAAGAAUAUAUUGACGUUUACUUUCUAACACACAUAUUUAUUAUUACGAAAAGGGAAAUGCACAAAUACAAUAAUACGCACAUAAUGGCUCAACGUUAACGGUAACAGUAGCGGCAAUCUAUACUACGUAUAUGCGAAUGUACGUAACACAAUUGAAACCGAUGAAAUGCAUAAAAACUAGUACAUAUUGAAAUUUAAUAUAUAUACAUACAUAUACACAUAAACAAUUAUGUAUACUUACACCUACACAUAGAGACUAAGAGCAACUACUUUGAUGAAUGCUCAAUUUUUUUGGUACUGUAUUAAAAUAAUUUAGUAAAAAGCAUUUAUUGUAAUUUAUGAAAUUAUUUAGAUAACUGUAGUUUUUUAAAAACGGAAAUUAAUAGCAAUAUUUUGUAGCGGUAGUUUGUGAAUUUUAACAAUGGUGAUAAUGUAACACUGAAAUGAUAUUACAUGUAGUUUUUAGUGAUAAAUACUAUUUUUUUAAAGAAAAAUAUCACUAAUAUCAAUGAUUUAUUAUAUUAUAGUAUACAUUAUGUAUAGUAAAUUCAAUUUGUUGCAAUAUAUAAUACAGAUAUGUAUGUAUUUCGUAUUUAGUAAAAUUAUACAUUACAAAUUAUAUGGAAUCUAUUGGAAUGUGUUGUAAGAUGAACUUAUUUGAUAUAAAAACAUGUACAUAUGUAUUAAUGAAGACAUUUCAGUUCUGUCAAUGCUCAAAAACUGUCCAAAACGUUAUUAAAAUACAUUUGAUUAUUUAAAAAUUAUGAUUAUAUUCAUUUAUUUAAAAAUGCCAUACCUUAGGCGAUACUACGAUUGUAGUAUUUAUCAUAUUUCAAUAUAGUUAUAUGUAAUAUAGAAGUUCUCUGUAACGAAGCUUUAAAAAAAAAAAAAAAAAAAAAAUGUAAUAUUUAUACAUUUGCGCUAUUACGCGAAAUGGAUUUUACAGCAUAGGUGCAAACGAAAAUGUGAACUAAAUGGCACAAACUAUAAAUUGAAUAUAAAAUUAUUUAAUGAGUGUCAACUCAUCAAAACUUAACAAAAAUAAUCAAUAAUAGUAUAGUUUCAAUUAUUUGAAUUGAAAUAAAAUCCCGGUGUUGUUUAUUGAAAUACGCAUGUAUAUAUGUUGUAAAUCUAUUUUUACAGCAGAACAUUUAGUUUAUUUUCAAUUUCAAACAAUUAAAAUUAUAAAUUCUGAUUUAAAUAUAAUUAUAUACUGAAAAACAAGCACGAUUACUCAAUUUAUUAAUUUGAAAUGAAAGAAAAUUAAAAAUAUACAAA